AACGUUCUUUUUUUGUUUUGCGCAAGCAAGCUGGCCGUUGCCGCGUGAAAAAUCGACUUUGCUAAUCGCCAAAUUAAACUUUUCACGGCAAUGGCAGAGUCCAUCGACGACCUGUUCGAUUGCUUCGGCCAGAACGACGACGACGAGGAAAAUGCCGUCUCAGAAAAUUGCGACGCCGACGACAGAACUACGGAAGAGGCAGGCAAAGGCGUUAAAAGAAAUGUCGAAGGGGUUGACGAGAAAACCUACAAGAAAAUCAAGCAGGACGACGUAAAUGUGGACGAUAUCAACUUCGAAGAACUAAGAAACAGAAUACAAGUUCUCACAAUAGAAACGGUGGACUCUUGCACUCACGAAGUUGCAUACCCUCCAAGACAAGAAUACACACCUUUACAGCCCAGAAAUGGAGAACCAGCUAAGGUUUAUGCCUUCACACUGGAUCCUUUUCAAAAAGAGUCCAUCUUAUGCGUGGACAACAAUCAGUCUGUGCUGGUAUCGGCCCAUACGUCAGCUGGUAAAACGGUGAUUGCCGAAUAUGCUGUAGCAAAGUCACUGAAAAAUAAGCAAAGGGUUAUUUAUACAACACCUAUAAAAGCGUUAUCCAACCAGAAAUAUCGUGAGUUUCUCGACGAGUUCAAAGACGUAGGGCUUGUCACCGGAGAUGUAACCAUCAAUCCCACGGCAUCUUGUCUUAUAAUGACCACCGAGAUCUUGAGAAAUAUGUUGUACAGAGGAUCGGAAAUAAUGCGCGAAGUGGGCUGGGUAGUUUUCGACGAAAUCCACUAUAUGAGAGACAAAGAGAGAGGCGUGGUUUGGGAAGAAACUCUCAUUUUACUCCCCCACAACGUCCAUUUUGUUUUCUUGUCCGCCACUAUUCCAAAUGCCAGACAAUUUGUGGAAUGGGUAGCUCAUUUGCACCAGCAACCCUGUCACGUGGUUUAUACGGACUACAGACCUACACCGUUGCAACAUUUCAUAUACCCAGCCGGGGGUAAUGGGAUUCAUAUGGUUGUGGACGAAACUGGAAUGUUUAAAGAUGACAGUUACAACGCUGCCAUGGGCGUCUUGCAAAACGGCGGCGACGCGGCAAAGGGCGACCAGAAGGGUAGGAAAGGCGGGUAUGCUGGCAAACCCGACCCUACCACUACCGAUAUUUUCAAAGUUGUUAAAAUGAUCAUGGAAAGGAACUUUGCUCCAGUUAUAGUUUUCAGUUUUAGCAAAAAAGACUGUGAGACUUACGCCACCAUGAUGACGAAAUUGGACUUCAAUACUGCUGCCGAAAAACAAUUAGUAGACGAAGUCUUCAACAAUGCCAUGGACGUUCUGUCAGAAGACGACAGGCAUCUGCCUCAAGUCGAAAACAUACUUCCUCUGUUACGCAGAGGCAUCGGAAUCCAUCAUGGCGGUCUCUUACCAAUUUUGAAAGAAACCAUAGAGAUCCUGUUUGGUGAAGGCCUGAUCAAGGCUCUUUUUGCUACAGAGACCUUCGCCAUGGGUUUAAACAUGCCGGCAAGGACUGUCUUGUUCAGCGGUAUCAGGAAGUUUGACGGGAGGGACUAUAGAUGGCUGACGUCAGGAGAGUACAUCCAGAUGUCUGGAAGAGCUGGAAGAAGAGGUUUGGACGAUAAAGGAAUAGUGAUUUUAAUGGCCGACGAAAAAGUACCGCCCAAAGUCGGCAGGGAUAUAGUUAAGGGUCUACCAGACCCGAUAAACUCUGCUUUUCACCUAACUUAUAAUAUGGUCCUGAAUCUGCUCAGAGUGGAAGAAAUCAAUCCAGAAUAUAUGUUGGAGCGGUCGUUCUAUCAGUUCCAGAACCAGACAGAUAUUCCUGUGUUCCAUCAGAAAUACCUAGAGAAACUAGAUGAAUUAAACUCUUUCGAUAUCCAACAAGAAGACCAAGUUGCAGCUUACUACGACAUAAGACAAGAACUCGAAGCCUUGGGUGUACAAUUUAGGACCUACCUCACUAAAUCUAAUUACAUAAUACCUUUCAUGCAGCCAGGAAGGCUAAUUAAAUUAAAAACUCAGGAGGCUGAAUACGAUUGGGGUGCGGUUGUGAACUUUAAAAAAGUUCAAGUUUUCGAUCCUCAAAAAAAUCGGGGGAAAUUUCGAGCUAAACCGACCACAAAGCUUCAGUUGGACGUUUUGUUGCAUGUUGUGCCUGAGGAGGGGAACGAUAACGUUAUACCGAAACCUUGCAACGACGGUCAGAAAGGAGAAGUCGAAAUUGUAUCUGUCGAUUCCAAAUUCGUAACGCACGUCUCCUCCGUAAGACUAUUCUGUCCGCCCGAUUUGACAUCCAGGGAUUCGAGAAAGAGCGUUCACAAAGGCAUCAAGGAGGUGAAAAAACGGUUUCCCGAGGGUCCUCCUUUGCUCAAUCCGGUCAAGGAUAUGAAGAUUCAAGAGCCGGACUUUUUGGACAUCGUGAGAAAGAUCGAGAUUUUAGAGAAAAAGCUUUUUGAACACCCCCUACACAAAACGGAACUUUUGGACUCCGAGUAUGAAAAAUACGAGAAAAAAGUCACUUGUCUGAAAGAACUGGAAGUUGCGAAGAAAAAACUUUUAGAUGCCAAAUCUGUCUUACAGUUGGACGAAUUAAAAUCAAGAAAAAGGGUUUUGAGACGACUGGGUUACUGUACAGAUGCUGACGUCAUACAGUUGAAGGGCAGAGUAGCCUGUGAACUUAGCAGUGCCGAUGAAUUGCUGAUCACUGAGAUGCUGUUCAAUGGUCUGUUUGGUACAAUGACACCUGAACAAUCUUGUGCGCUUCUCAGUUGCUUUGUUUGCGAAGAAAGAAAAGCUGAGACUCCUAAAUUGACAGACGAGCUGUCGGGCCCCUUAAGACAGAUGCAGGAACUGGCACGUAGGAUAGCCAAGGUGAGCAUAGAGGCUCGUCUCCCUCUCGACGAAGAGAACUACGUCGACCAAUACAAACCCUUCAUCAUGGACAUCGUGUACAGUUGGUGCAAAGGCGCGUCCUUUCGCGAACUUUGCGAAAACACCGAGAUUUUCGAAGGGUCAAUCGUACGAAGCAUGCGCAGAUUAGAAGAAUUGCUCAGGCAGAUGGUCCAAGCCUCAAAAACGAUAGGAAAUAUCGAUCUGGAGGAUAAAUUUAACACCGCGAUCAAGUUGAUCAAAAGAGACAUUGUUUUCUCUUCCAGUUUGUAUUUGUGAGAUCAUUAUGAUGAUACGUGAUCAGACUUAUAUUUUAUUGUUGUUUUAUUUAUAUAUAUUUUCUUUCGUGAUUUUUUUUCACUGAUGCGAUACAAAUCUAUGGAGUACCUUAUGGAUUUUAAUAAAAAAUCUGUUUUAAAAU